UCUGACGUCAUCACGCAGCGCCGUUGCGUUGCAGUGGGGUCCAUGGUGGAGUUCGGCAGAGUUCGGUAGAGAACGAUUUAAGACGAAAGUGACGGAGCUGGCGCCGCCGGGUUGGACUCGGUUUGACCCCUGCAGCAGGAUGGAGGUCUCGGGAUGAAGAGAGCGAAGCUGGUGGGAGUCUUCCUCCUGCUGGGUGGCCUCCUCACUUACCUGAUGUUGGUGAAGCGCCACUACGGCGCCUCGGAGCCCGAUGCCUACCGACCGCCCCCCCCUCCCCGGGCCGGCCCGGACCGGCCCGUCGCCCCCGGGAGGAGCUCCCAGUACGGCAUCAUGUUUGACGCUGGGAGCACUGGGACCAGGGUCCACGUCUUUGAGUUCCAGAUGGAGCGCAGCGAAGCUCCCAAACUGGCCCACGAGACUUUCAGAGCCAUCGAACCGGGUCUGUCUGCGUACGCCGACCAGCCGGAAGAGUGUGCAGCAGGACUCCUGGAGCUCCUGAAGGUGGCUGAAUCCAGCGUGCCCCCCUCCAGCUGGACCCUCACCCCCGUCGUCCUGAAGGCCACCGCCGGCCUGCGCCUGCUGGACGGAGAGAAGGCCGAGCAGCUGCUGGACGUGGUGAGGGCGCUGUUCACUGACUCCCCCUUCCUGUGCAGAGAGGACAGCGUGUCCAUCAUGGACGGCACCGAUGAAGGGAUCUCUGCGUGGAUCACUGUGAACUUCCUCACAGGUGAUCUCCACAGUCCAGACUCGUCCACGGCGGGGAUGCUGGAUUUGGGGGGCGGGUCUACUCAGAUCACCUUCAGCCCUCAGGACGAGAAAACCAUCCAGACGUCGCCCAUCGACUACAUCAGGUCCUUCAGGAUGUUCAACAGCACACACACGGUGUACUCACACAGUUAUCUGGGUCUGGGGCUGAUGUCGGCUCGUCUCUCUGUGUUAGGAGGCAUCGACGCUCCACCACUAGGGAGCAGCACUGAGCUGGUCAGCCCCUGCCUUGCUCCAGAGUCUUCGGGCAGCUGGGAGCACGCUGACGUGGUCUACAGAGUGAGGGGACAGAAGGCAGGAGAGCCGGUCUACGAGGCGUGUCGGACCAAAGUGGAGAAGGUUCUCUACAGGAAGGUGGUGCCUGUGUCCGAGGCAGCGGACGUGGACUUCUACGCCUUCUCCUACUACUACGACCGGGCCGUGGACCUUGGGCUCAUUGGGGAGGAGACGGGAGGAACCAUUCGAGUGGUCGACUACAUGGACGCAGCCAAACGAGUGUGCAGCAGUCCCCCCGUCAGUGCCCUGCAGAGUCCGUUCCUCUGCCUGGACCUGGUCUACAUUUCAGUCCUGCUGCAGGAGCUCGGCUUCCCCCCCAACAAACGCUUCAAGCUGGCGAGGACCAUCAACCAGGUGGAAACCAGUUGGGCUCUGGGAGCAACUUUUCAUUACAUCGAGUCCCUGAAGAGACACUGAAGCUUUUAUUGUGAAAAACCUCAAUGACUUCCUGAACGUCUCCACCUGACCUCAAGUAUCCCCCAAAGCAUCACUCGUACUGUAGUACUUCCUACUACUACUACUACUACUACUACUACUCCAGUUCAUCUGCUGCUUUAAUACAGCACAUUUUAUUUGUUGUCAUGAAGGUUUGAAACUUUAUAAAUAUAAAAAGGGUAUAAAGGGUUUUGUUGUUAAAGCCUUGUAGAGCAGUGAAGCUAUGACAUCACAGCUAUGACAUCACAAGGACAAUUGUUCUGUUGGUAUCGACAGCGCGUUUGAUUGUUUUCUACAAUGAUGCACUUCCUGGUUUUACUUGUUUUUCACAAAAAGCUGCAAUAAACAGACAGUGAAUGUUUCUGAGACAAAGACUGAUUGGUUCUCAGCUGUGGACUUUAAGCCAAACAGAAGAUCCCCAGUGAGGCAAAAUAAAUACUGAGAAGGUGAAGGUGGUUUAAUGUU